CAGCGCAGUGAGGGGGCGUGGUUUGUGCGGCAGCGCCCCGCCCCGCUCCCAGCGCACCCCGCGCGGUGAAGAAGCGGCGGCCGCGCGCCGGGGGCAUUUUGUGUCGGCGGCGGCGGCUCAGGCACAAGAUGGCGGCGGCGGCCGAGUGAGCGGCCGGCGGCCGCCGCGACCCCGCGAGUCCCCCCCCUCUCCCCUCCCUGCUCUCACAAGCACCUCGGGGGCCGCUUCUCCUGUUUCUGGAGCGCGCCGAGAGCCGGGCAGCGGCGCAGAGCCGCGCAGGGGGGGCGCCCGCCCGAGGGCCCCGGCUGGAGCUGAGCGUAGGGACCGUCCGUGGCUGCGCCGCUCUUCCCCCAUCCAGCCCCGUUCUGCUCCUCGGGGGCGGCCGUAGAGCCCUCGUUGUCCCGCCGAGCCGGCCGGGAGGGCCCGAGAGCCGCCCCUCGCCAUGGCGAGCAGCAGCGGCUCCAAGGCCGAGUUCAUUGUCGGAGGCAAAUACAAGCUGGUGCGGAAGAUCGGGUCGGGCUCCUUCGGGGACAUCUAUUUGGCGAUCAACAUCACCAACGGGGAGGAAGUUGCUGUGAAGUUGGAGUCUCAGAAGGCUCGGCACCCCCAGCUGCUCUAUGAAAGCAAACUGUACAAGAUCCUGCAGGGAGGAGUUGGCAUCCCACAUAUACGGUGGUAUGGUCAAGAAAAGGACUACAAUGUUCUAGUCAUGGAUCUUCUGGGGCCCAGCCUGGAAGACCUCUUCAACUUCUGUUCUCGCAGGUUUACCAUGAAAACAGUACUUAUGCUAGCAGACCAGAUGAUCAGUAGAAUUGAAUAUGUGCACACAAAGAAUUUUAUACACAGAGACAUUAAACCAGAUAACUUCCUAAUGGGUAUUGGGCGUCACUGUAAUAAGUGUUUAGAAUCUCCAGUGGGGAAGAGGAAAAGAAGCAUGACUGUUAGUACUUCUCAGGACCCAUCUUUCUCAGGAUUAAACCAGUUAUUCCUUAUUGACUUUGGUUUGGCCAAAAAGUACCGGGACAACAGGACAAGGCAACACAUACCUUACAGAGAAGACAAAAAUCUCACUGGCACAGCUCGAUAUGCCAGCAUCAAUGCACACCUGGGCAUUGAGCAGAGUCGUCGGGAUGACAUGGAGUCUCUAGGCUAUGUAUUGAUGUACUUUAACAGAACCAGUCUGCCUUGGCAAGGAUUAAAGGCUGCAACAAAGAAGCAAAAGUAUGAAAAGAUUAGUGAAAAGAAAAUGUCCACUCCUGUUGAGGUUUUGUGUAAGGGGUUCCCUGCAGAGUUUGCCAUGUACCUGAACUACUGUCGUGGCCUGCGCUUUGAGGAGGCACCAGAUUACAUGUACCUGAGGCAAUUAUUCCGUAUUCUUUUCAGGACCUUGAACCACCAGUAUGACUACACAUUCGACUGGACAAUGUUAAAGCAGAAAGCAGCACAGCAGGCAGCCUCUUCCAGUGGGCAGGGGCAGCAGGCCCAAACCCCCACAGGCAAGCAAACUGACAAAUCCAAGAGUAACAUGAAAGGUUUCUGAGCAUGACGAGGAUGGGACAAAGCAGAGCAGAUCGGAGCAGGACUUGUCACUCCCCAAAUCCUAGAAAUUUUAGUUGAUACACUUGCCAGCGGCUGUGGGCAACCAUUUCCUUGGUGUAAAGAACUUAAUAUCAAUAUAAACUGGCUCUGGGCAGUGUCAGUGAUGCUGCACUUUGAGUUGUAGCAGCUGUAAUUGUGAAUAUUACUGAGAUAGUGAAACAUGGUGUCCAGUUUUCUAUUGCAUUUUUUUCAAGUGGAAAAGUUAACUAAUGGUUGACACACAAGUGGAGAAAAUUGUGCAUAUGCCAAUUUUUGUUACCUUUUUACUUUGAACUACACUGCUUAUGAGAUCUCAUUGUUUUGGAAGAAUGGCAUGAACAGUCUUCGGCAACAGUUGUGAUAAUUGUAAAUGCUCACAAUUGUGCACUCUUUUCUGGUUAUUCCUCCCUGGGUUUUGAAAGUUGUACACUUAAAACAUUCUUAAAGUUGUUGGCUUCUAUGUGCAACAUACCAAGCCAGCUGACAUGGUAGUAACCAAAGAUUCCAGUUUUUAAGCAUAUGAAAGACUCUGCCUGCUUACCUGUGCUAGAAAUAACAGCAUCUAAAGUGAAGAUUUAAGAGAAACUUAGCGACUACUAGAUAAUCUUUAGGACUCUGCAUUAACUCUAUAAUGUUCUUGGUAUAAAAGGAAAAAACAGCAUAUUUGUCACGAAAUUUAGUUAACAUCUUACAACUGAACCUGUAUGUAAGUUGCUUAGAUAAAUGUAAUCACUGUAAACAUCUAUAUGAUCUGGGAUUUUGUUUUUAUUUUGAAGCGGGAGCUUUUUUGUUUACAAGUUCAUUAAAAACUAAAAACUGUUUCUGUAAGGAAAUGAGAUUUUUUUUUUUUUAAUUUGCCUUGUUAAUUCAGUUUAAGAAAUUUACAUUACCCUGUUUUUAAACCAAGUUUUAAGGCCAUUUGUUAAGCAAAAGAAGUCAUAUUUCUUUCUAAAUCAUUUUAGAUUUAGUGUUGUAACUCUUCCUCAUUUUGUUUUUAAAUAAAUUUUGUAUUUUUUCCUUGAGGGGGAAGGGGCAGUCUUGCAUUUUUAUAAGCUGUUGUUUGAGACCAGCCCUCUAUAAUGAGAUUGGAAUUUUUAAAAAAUGAAAUGGCAUCUUUUGCAGACCCGGGAUUGGCAGCCUCCGAGCAUUGCCGUGUCCUGCCUCGGCUGGACUGACUUGUGAUUGCUGCUUUGGAGAAAAGAUUAAAACCAUUGGAAUGGUUUUAAAAAAACAAAUUGGAUGGUUUGAAACCAAGGCAUUUUCUUUCAAGUUCUUGUGAAGUGGGUAUGACCAGAUUUCCUCUUGUUCUUGGGGGCAGCCUCGCACCAUGCAGAGUUCACAUUGGUUACUGCCCCAGGCUGUCUUCCUUCUCACUCCUAUUCUAGCCCAGCUGAAAGAAAGAAAUACUUUUAUUGCUGGUAAUUCUUUAACAGUGUAAUUUAUUCCUUUAUAGCAUGUCAGAAUAAAUUAAAAAAAAAUGUCUGAAAAUGCUGCCAGA